AUGACCAUGUCCAUGUCCAUGUACGGGCAUAUCCUGCACCUAUCAAGUACUGCACAAGUCUCCCACUUGGGCGUGGCUGCUGAUGCGAACCGCUCCACGGACGGCACGGCCGAUGCCCCGGGCUAA